CAAAUAUGAUGUAUGUGGAUAUACACUUAUAAAUAUAUCUAACAAAGUGCAAAAAAAAAAGCGUUAAGGGGUGAUUACCGAAAGGGAAAGAAUCAUUAUUCUAUGUAUGUCUUUUCGUACGAUAUAUAAAUGUUGAUGUGAACUAUAAACAUACAUAAAUAUAUAUCUACAUAUAUCUAUUUAUGCAUUUAUACAUAUCUACUUUUUUCUGUGUAAUUCUCACCAUAUAUAAAGUGGGCAUUGAAUCCAUGCUAUGAUGACACCAUUGGACACUCUCAUGGAUUUACAUUUCAAUGAUUACAGCUUUAAUUGCACCCGCAGCAGUAAUAGCUUAAUCGAAAAAUUAUUAAUGCACCAAGAGUGACCAACCUAUCAAAAAUAAAAAAUAACAGCGAAUUACAUUUUUGAGAUGGAUGUAACUAAUACAAGCCAAACUGCACAGACGAUGUUAAGCUCGCUUGCAGAUGGCAACGUACUACAGGAGUCACGGAGUCUUUUAACGCAACACGGCAAUGUAAACACAGCACAAGAUGUUCUUCCGGUACCCACAGCUGUAGUGAGUCUCAACAAAAAUAAAAAGCAAAAUGAAGCGAGCCUACGAAGUAUUGUUCCGGCGCUAAGUGACACACCAGAUACUUCAACACUUUCGACGUUACCGAUUUCAACCACAUCAUCUGUGGUCUUAAACCUGCCGCCGCCAAAAUCGAAUUUAAAUGUCGCUGGAUCAGCUUCAGAUGCUGCGUUAUUAAGUUGUUUGCUGCCAGCUCCGCCUUCUUUUUCAAGUUCAGGAAUUAGGGCCACUUCAACACCGCCACCUCAUAGUUCUUCAGAGAAAACAGGACCAUCACAACUAAAGUCUGCACCAUGUGCAAGUGAUUUUGACUCUGACACGGAAUUGUCAAUUGUUGCAGCGGCAGCGACAACAGUAGUUACGUCUACAAUAGACCACUCGACCACAUCUCCCAUGUCAUUAGCUUCUACAUUAACGUGUGCACCUGUUCAAAAUGCUUUAUUAGCCACUACAAACGGUCACCUCAAUAACAGCAACACCUCCAGUAAUUGUCCUCAACUAAAUCUAAUCACAAAACAGCAACGCCAACAAAAACGUCGGCGUGAACGAGCACAGCGCCUGCAGGCAGAGCGCGAUAGUCGAUGCACUUUAAGUGCAUUAAGUGGCGCUCUGAUUGGAGGAUCUGUAGGUGUGGGUGUCAGCCUUGGUAUAGGCGCUGCUACUGGUAGUACCAGUAGUAAUAUAAUUGGUUCUGUAACUGCACCUGCCAUAUUAAUAGGUAACAAUAGCGCAUUGGGGCCUGGUAAUAGCAUGUUGUAUCACAUCAAUAGUGCUGGUAGUAUGGGAGAAGAUAGCAAUAAUUCCAAUGGCAACUUUACUAGCAGUAGUAACGGUAGUAAUAAUUUGCUGCCACCUACGGACAGCAUUGCAUCACUGCUAUUGAAUCCGCCACACUCUCCCGAAUGCAAUUCUGGUUUAAUGGCAACUCCUAGUGAUAGCGAAGGUGAAUCGCUAGAUGAAGAUCUCCUUUCAACAUCGUCAUCAUCAACGUUACUGCUUCCGCGCGAUAAGCCUCCACCAAGACCGCCACCUCCAGUUCGUCGAAAACUGCCUAGGUCCCCUGUCUUAGAGGAGGAGAUUAUUGAUGGAUUUGCCAUAUUAGAGUUCAAAACGUACGAAGAUCUAGAGUUUGCUAUUAAAUUGGGACAAAAGCGCAAAGAAAAACGGCUUUCGGCAUUAGAAGAACUGACGUGCACGUAUAGCAUAGAGGAAAUGAAAAUGCCAAAGAUUAUCGAUACAGGCCAACCUCACCCAUUACGUACCACAAAUAUUUCCAAUUUGUCAAUUGCAAGCAACAAUAAUUUAAAAGAAACCAAUCACCACCAGCAUCGCGGUAAUAAUGUCGGCGUUGGGGGCACUAUUGUGACUACGACUAACAGCAUUAGCACUAACAAUAAUUCAACAAAUAACAAUAAUAGCAAUACGGUAUAUACUAUGCCAGUGGCAAGUAUUCCCGAUAUAGAAACAGAAAAAUGGGUAGGAGAUCCAUAUCGACAGCAGCAGGAACAGCUAAGCGGUAAUACAAAUAAUAUUAGCAUCGGAAUUAACAGCAAGGCAAAUCAAAUCAGUAAUAGUCAACAUUUGAACCAUGUAAUCCAGUCCAAUCAUUCCGCAUCAUCUGUCAUCAGUAUAAGCAAUACGCCUAUCCCAGGAGCCGUAAAUACUGUCAGCUGCAUUGUGGAGGAAGACAAUGAAAAGUUAUCCAUUGGCGCAGUCGUGCCGCACAUCGAUCUAAGUGGAAAUAUAAAUGAAAGUAAUAGUUCCGGGAUUACAUCGCAAAACACCAUAAACAUUCCUAGCCAACCAAAAAGCGAUAUAGCAGAAUAUGUUAGCAUUAAGGGCACAAAGCAAAAUGAUGCCGCCGCUGUUAGCAAUCGUCUAUGCGUUAUGCUAUCAUCGUCUUCAAGUUCGAAAAUCAACAAGCUGAAAAAUUUGGAAAGCAGUGAAGCUGAUGCACCUGGCACGGCAGAAACUGUCGCAGGAGGCUUAACGCUGGAAAUUGAAGACUAUUCGAUCGGUACAGCAAAGUCUUUGGGGACUAGCAUUCUGCUUAAAAAGGAUAUCGAUCUUAACGAAAGUUUUGCAAAUGUUUCAAAUCACUGCACUAUCAACAAUAAAGAAACUAAUAUCUGUGAUAAAGCUAUAGGCGGGAUUAAGACUAGUCGAACGGAAUGUAUAGCUGUAAAUAUGUGCGAUAUCGAUUUGCCAACUUUGACGGCUUUAUCAACGCCACAUACGAGUCCUGUAUCAAGUAGUACUGCACCAAAUGGCUCUCAUACAAUGGACAAUGAGAUUACAAGCGAAUCUACGAGCAUACAACAAACCGUCAAUGUGAUACCAUCAACGCUUUUAACGGACAAACCAAAAGCUAAUGGGGAUAAUCAACAAUCCAGCACAGGAACAGAUAAUAUAUCUCAUACCAUAAAGCAUCCUGCUGUCACGUGUUCUACACAAGUAACUAGCGUAAGUAUUUCUGGUUGCGAAUCGUAUCUUACGUCGGAAGCUGUACAUUGUGGGCUCGAAGUAACUUCAUGUGCAACUACCAAAGGAAUUACUCUAAGCACGAAAAUGGUAACGUCACAUGGAAUGGACACGCCAGUGCUUAAACCUACAAUUUCUUUGGGUACUCCUUCAACCCCCGUUACUAUAGCACCAUUACAUGUUACAUUUGUGGAACGAACGUCCAAUGCUGUGCUUACAACUAACUAUAAGACAAAUGAUAAUACACAACUAAGUAUUGAUGGCCGAAAAACCACUGGUUCCGUGGAUUCGCUGAAGAACACAAAUGUCUCAAUGCCAAUGUCUAUUUCCCCAGUUGCAAAUGGAUUCCUUUCUGGCCAUUCAGCACUCGGUUGCACAACAACUUCCGCUGUUGGAAAAAGUCUUCUAAAUAUUUCUCCACAUUCAGGAAACAAAGUGGUACCAGUCCCUAUGAGUUUGCCACCUAAUACGGGAGUUAGUUCCGUUGCAAUUACGGCCUCUGCUAUCACGAAAGCAUCCCUUAGUACUGGAAAUACUGCAGUAGGGGCAACAGGCUCUUCAUUGGUGUUUCAUGGGGCACCCCCACUGAUGCCUCACUCGGGAGCUGGGUUACCUAUGCUAAUUCAAGCAACGCCAUACCGUUCACCUUUUCCCAAUUAUUCAAAUUUAUAUACACCCUAUAAUAACAUAACUCAUGGACAAUACCUUCCGUCAGUGAUACCAAUGGGAAAUUCUAAUACAUCGUCCUUGUCUCAGCGUUCGGAAAAUCGCAACUGUCGCGAUACUCAACCGACAGCAUCAUUAAAAGUUCCAGCAACAAGUGCAACUUCACUGAAUCAGCACAGUGGUAAUAGCAUCGCAGGAUUGCGACCUAUUACACCGCUUGGCUAUGUGAUUAGCAAUAAUAAUACAACGCAGGUAUUAGGGACUAUUCCUAUAACAACAACAACGACGGUACCUUCGUUACAUUCGACGCAGUCCCAUCACUUACCUACUAACACCACAUUUGGUGUUUCAUGCACUGGUCCACCGAUUUCAACAACACAAUUGGCGACAUCCUCAGGAAUUGCAGUUGUUACUUCGCAAAUGCAACCUUCUGCUCCAAUGCUUCCUCAAUCUGGGUAUCAAACACAUCUUCCUCAAGUAAUAAGCUCAUACCCACAGUUCGCACCUUCAACAUCAACGUCACAACAGCCACUUGUGCGUUGUACUACCACUUCAACUAUUAGUACAACUAACACAUCAGUCCUUACUGUACAAAGCUUAAUGACAGCGACGCCGUCGUCGCCAAUAAACACCUCUAUAGCAUCAUCAUCUGUGAUUCAAAAAAUACUUUCGCCUAAAACCGAGAGUAGAGAACGGGAUACAAGUUACAGCAUUACGUCCGUUCGACCAAGCAAUACCGUGUCGGUGUCAGGUGGGCCAUCAGGCAUUGCAUUAGGGGCACCAUUUUGCAGCUUAGUACCAUCGACACACUACAGUGCCGUAUCCGUAUCUUCAUCAUCGACCCCGCUAUCAUCGGCAACCCAUUCAGCUCUAGCAGUUACGGGUCAUAGCAUUUCCACAUAUACAACAAAGACUGGGCUCUGGUUAAACCCAUCAGUUAUGCAGACGACAGCAAUGACUUGUACACCUUCCAUUCCAAUUUUGACUAGUGGCAGUGCUCGACCAGUUCCCUCACCUCUGAGUUCUGGUGUUAUAGGACCACCUGGUCGAGUUGCCGUGAAUGCAAUUUCACCUCAUGCGGUGCAUUCCAAUGUUGGCAGUGGACAUGUGCCAAUGGCCAACUUUCAGACCACGUUUUUUGCCACGCCCCAUGCACCACCCCAAUCGUCUUCAGCUGCGACCAUUUCUGUUACAGGUAGUAGCAUCAACUCUGUUUCUCAUUUACCUUUGGUGUCAUAUACAACAGCUGUUAUUGUGACGAUGGCCACUGCAACAACCACGACGUCGUCUAUCAGCACAGUUGGUAAUACACAGUCCACUGUGGCAACGGUGUGUACAGCUGUUACACCUACACCACAUCCAUUUUCCGCAGAAUCUCUCUUCCAACCAAGUAAAAAUGAUCAAGCUGAUUUAUUGCGUCGCGAGCUGGACAGUCGAUUUCUGGAUCGGUCUGGCUUAACCCAACCUUCUCCAUCAUCCUCAUCAACUUAUUUGCGACAGGAGUUGCAUCAUCAACAUCAGCAUACACACCUACAUCAACAUCCACAGCUUUUGCCGACAGCACCAAUGCCAGCCCCUACUACUAUACUACAGGCUACCCCACCGACACCCGCACAAAUUUUUCCUCCUCCGCUAUUUAAAGAUAUACCCAAAAUUGCUGCAGUCGACCCACAGUUUUAUCGUGCAGGCCUUGGAAUGCCUCCAAGUUAUACGGGAUAUAAUCCAACAGGGCUUUUGCACAAUGGCUUGGGUGGGCCAACGCCAUUUGUUCCACCCAAUCAUUUAACUUCAUUUGCGCCAAAGAAAACUGGGCGUUGGAACGCUAUGCAUGUCCGUAUUGCGUGGGAAAUUUACUAUCACCAAAACAAACAGAAUUCAGAAAAAUCCAUAUCAGCGUCAGGUUCUAAUCUGGGAAGCAACUGUAACAGCGGUAACUCAGGCACUUCUAGUGCAACUAAUAACUUAAUUAGUAUGAGCAAUACAACGCCCAUGAGUAUAUCUGGGAGCAACAGCGCUGUUUUAGCAACCAGUGGAGGCAUGGUUGUGGCCAGUGGAUCCACAGCAGCAGUUAAUUUGAAACCAUCCCCGUCGUUGACUCUGAGUUCCACAUCCCCGCACCUUUUACAUCGGUCGACUGAGCUUACGACAGCUGCUACGUAUGCCAGGUCUCCAUUUGAAACUGCUCCACUAGCUGCAAGCUUUAUUGGUGCACCACCUAGUCAUAUUGGUACAGCUGUUUCCCAGUUUAGUCGGUACGUUGGAUCUUUUGGAUUUGCCGGCCUUACGCAUUUUGGACGAGAUAUUUCAUUGAGUGGACAUUUGGAUACAUGGAGAACUAGUUCAAUACCACGCUCAAUGCCAUAUCAUCCAGCAGCUACUGCUGGACCUAAUGGUUGGCCCAUUAAAUCAGAUCUCGCCAUGGAGAAUGCUCGUCGUGAAGCGGAAGAACGAGAUCGAGAGCGUGAAAUACGAGAACGAGAGCAGCGGGAGCGCGAUCGACAAAGGAGAGAGCGUGAAGAACGUGAACGUAAAGAAAAAGAAGAAAAACUUAAACGUGAACAGCAGGAGCGAGAGAGAGAACGAGAACGGGAACGUGAACGCAAAGAGCGCGAACGACGUGAAAUAGAACGCCGAGAAAUCGAACGUGAACGAAUGCUACAGCAACAACGGAUUAACGAGAGCAACAAGCAGACUGCAGUAGCGUCCUCUACAUCCACACCACGAGAUCGCUCACCACACCGUGUUAUUGAGCUGAAUACAGAGAUUAGAAUAAAGGAAGAACAUGGCCGAACGAAAGAAGAGCAAGACGUUCUUCUUAUGCGUGCAUCCGCAGUCGCGGGUGUAGGGGAUCCACGUUAUCAUCCUCCUUCAUUAGUGUCUGUUCAACCGAGUGCAGCAGUUGCCGCUGCACAUCACCAUGCAAAUUUUUUAGUAGCGGGUCGACAUGGAUUACCGCCACCAACAUCACAUAUUUCCCGUAAUAUGAUGGCGCCCUCAAUGGGUAUCAAUGGCCCACUAACACAUUUCGGUCCACCAGGGCCGCCACCGUGGGGUAUUGAUCCAUAUCGUGAUCCCUAUGCACCUAUUUUGCGAUACAACCCCAUAAUGGAAGCAGCUUUUCGUCAUGAAGCAGAGGAACGUCAGAAAGCACUUAACAUGUAUGCAGCACAAUCGGCAGCUCAUCUGCGAGGUAAGGAACCAAGUCCCAUACCGCCACCAACGGUGGGUCAUUUAGGUCCUCCUGCCACACAUCUUCGAAUACAGCCAGCGGGUGUAAAUAUUAUUGCUUCAUCAAAUGCACCACCGUCUUCACAAAAUCCACAAACACAAUUGACUACAAUUGGAAUUGGGAAGGGACCCCAACCAUCCACUAUGAACUUGGCGGUACAACACAUGAUAACAGGUGAUUCUUUGAUACAUCCAUCCGUUUCAUCAAAAAAAGAUACUGAGCAUAGUAUAGGUAUAGCGGUAAGUGCAUCCGGAACAAGUAUUAGCCAUAGCAGUGUACCUGGAAGCAUGAUAGGCAUACCACCAGCUUCACCAGUAACGCCAAGUCGAUGAUAACUUUCUAGGAAAAUAUAAAGAUUAUUUCAAAUAUUUUAAAUUUUAGAAUUUUUUUACCAAUUCCAACAAUUUUAAAUGUUUGUAUUUAUUUGCCGUUCCUCUUGGACCCCUAGCCUGAAAAUACCAAGAUAAUAAGCGCAACGCUUUUGUAAUAUAAGAAAUUAAUCUCAAUAUUUAUUAACUUAAUUUUAAUGUGGCGGAAUACAAUUGUUUCAUUAAAACGAUAGUCGAAAUAUCUCAUUUAAGACACAAUAAGGUGUAUAAGGAGAAAGUGAAUUACCGAUUAUCUUUUGAAUUAUGUGCGCUUUUAGAUUUCGUAACAAGUUGCUUCCCACUAACGUCUACCCGUAACGACAAAUCGCACAUACAUACGUACUCGCAUAUACAAAAAUUACUUUAAGAUUAUAAAUUAGCUGGAUAUA